CGAAAGUAUGGUAUUCCUCUUUCUUGCUCUCGUCGCUCUUCCAUUGGCUUCAUCUCUCUGUGACAAUUCCUCCGAUUGCCUGUCCCUUCUCCAAUUCAAAAACAGCGUAACAGACGACCCAGAUGGUCAUCUGCGAGGUUGGAAUGAGGGCACUUCUUUCUGCAACUGGACUGGAAUUCGGUGCCACCCACAGCUCAAAAACCGGAUAGUUGCUCUUGAGCUAGUAAACAUGGGGUUGCAGGGAACUAUCUCACCUUCUCUAGCCAACCUUUCUCUGCUCACAGUCCUCAGCUUGCAAGACAACAGAUUUUAUGGAGAAAUUCCAACAGUGUUGGGUAACCUAUCUAAUUUAGCCCGCAUGAAUAUGAGUGGCAACAAUCUUCAGGGCCGAAUUCCUGCCACACUCCAAGGUUGUCACAGUCUCAAAAUGGUAGACUUGACUUACAAUAAUCUCUCUGGGAGCAUUCCUGAUGAACUGGGUCAACUAAAGAACUUGACAUACUUGGCGCUCUCUGUCAACCACCUCACUGGUAACAUACCAGAAUCUCUAUCAAACUUAACAGAAUUGACAGACUUGGAAUUGGCUGUCAACUACUUCAGUGGAAAGAUCCCACCAGCGCUUGGAGCACUUCCAAAGCUGGAGAUCAUGUACUUCCACACCAACUACUUCACAGGAAGGAUACCAGCGGCUCUCGCGAAUUGUUCUGCUCUGCGUGAAAUUACACUGAGUGAGAAUACCCUGACCGGAGAAAUUCCCUCAGAAUUGGGUAACAGACUCCACAACCUACAGAGGCUGUAUUUUCUGGAGAACCAGCUUUCAGGUCAGAUCCCAGUAAGCUUAUCUAAUCUUUCUCGGCUGACACUGCUUGACCUUAGCCUCAACAAGCUAGAAGGGAAGGUUCCUCUGGAGCUGGGGAAAUUAGGGAAGCUUCAAAUCCUUUACCUCCAUAGCAAUGACCUUGUUAGUGGCUCUGAUAAUUCUUCCCUCCGGAUUCUUACCGCUCUUACCAAUUGCUCACUCCUUCAGAAACUUCACUUAGGUUCCUGCUUGUUCACAGGGAACCUGCCAGACUCUGUUGGUGCUCUUUCCAAAGAUCUAUAUUACUUCAACCUCCUCAAUAACAAAAUAACUGGAGAAAUUCCAUCCAGCAUUGGAAAUCUAAGUGGCCUUGUGCACCUAACCCUAUGGUAUAAUUACUUGAAUGGUAGCAUUCCUGCAACAAUAGGGAGGCUUGGGCAAUUGCAGAGAUUGUAUAUAGGGCGAAACAAGUUACAAGGACAUAUCCCAGACAGUAUGGGGCAGAUGACUAACCUUGGCCUACUGGACCUUAGCAAUAAUUCAAUUACAGGGCCAAUCCCAUCUUCACUCGGUAACCUCUCUCAGUUGAGGUAUCUUUACUUGUCUCAUAACAACCUAUCAGGAAACAUUCCCAUGGAACUUACACGCUGUAGUCUUAUGCUGCUUGAUUUAUCUUUUAACAAACUACAAGGGCCCCUUCCUAUAGAAAUAGGUCACUUACCUAACUUGGCUCUUAUGCUCAAUCUUUCAAAUAAUCAUCUUGAAGGAGAAUUACCUGCAAGCAUUGAUCUGGAAACUGUCCAGGCAAUUGACAUGUCAGAAAAUCAAUUUUCUGGUCCAAUACCUAGUUCAAUUGGGAGCUGCAUUUCUUUGGCGUAUCUAAAUCUCUCUAACAACAUGCUUGUAGGCUCAAUACCAGAGUCCUUAGAACAGAUUAGGAAUUUAGAAAUUAUUGACCUGUCUUUUAAUGGGUUAUCUGGUAAAGUUCCAAUCUGGAUUGGCAAGAACAAGAUGCUCAAGAAUCUCAAUUUAUCAUAUAACAGAUUAACAGGAUAUGUUCCAAACAAUGGGAGUUUCAAAAAUAUGGGAAGAAGUUCACUCAUGGGGAAUUCGGGUCUGUGUGGUGGCUCCGCAUCAAUGGAUCUCCCUCCAUGCAUAUUGCAGGAUAAGAAAAAGAAGCAUAAGAUAGAGAAGUGGGCUUAUUUUUUGGUUGCAAGUUCAAUAAUUUUUGCACUCUUGAUAUGUGCAUUGGUUAUUGUUUGUGUUCGCCAAUUCUUAUACAAAAAAGAAAAUAUCAGGUCAGUGAAACCAGCUUUUUUGGCUUUCCCUCGCAUGCUUGGAGGACAAUAUUUAACCCAGAGGGAGAUAGAAAUUGCGACAGGUGAUUUCCAUGAGGCUAAUCUAGUUGGAAGGGGAAGCUUUGGAUCAGUGUAUAAGGCUAGUAUCAAUAGUGGAAAGACUUUGUUGGCAGUUAAGGUUCUGAAUCAGGAUUCCAAUAAGAGCAGCAAGAACUUCGAAAGGGAGUUUCGGAUAUUGUCUAAAAUCAAGCACCGCAAUCUAGUCAGAAUGGUUGGAGCAAUCUGGAAUGCAGAUUUCAGGGCUCUCAUAUUCCAAUUUAUAGGCAAUGGGAACUUGGGGCAGCAUCUCUAUCCAGAUGGUGCAGUAAGGGGACAGGAAUGUAGAUUGACAAUGAGAGAGCGAAUGAGAAUAGCAAUUGAUGUAGCACAUGGCUUGGAGUACCUACAUUAUGGGUGUUCGGUUCGAGUUAUUCAUUGUGACCUGAAACCACAAAAUGUGCUACUGGACAGUGAUAUGGUAGCCUAUGUAGCAGAUUUUGGGAUUGCAAAGCUCAUUUCAUCAGACAACCUCAAUAAAGAUACUACCACCACAACCGCUUUUCUUCGAGGCACAGUUGGGUAUAUACCCCCAGAAUACGGACAGAGCUUUGAGGUAUCAGAUUAAGGAGACGUGUAUAGUUUUGGGGUAAUGGUGUUGGAAAUGGUAACGAGGAAGAGACCAACAAGUGACAUAUUUUCUGAUGGAUCCAAUCUAAGGAAUUGGGUCAUUUCUUCAUUUCCCAAUCAAAUUUUGGAUGUUGUGGACAUAUCUCUAAAGAAGGAAGCAUAUAACAAAGGUGGAAGCAAUGCUGAACAAAAGCUAGAAGAAUUAUGUACCCAUAUAUUUGAUAUAUGCUUGAUGUGCACAGAAGAGAAUCCGCAAAAACGACCCUCAAUGUCCUCAGUCACACGCAGACUAGAGAAAGUUUGGGGAGAAAUGGAAAUUGAAACAUAGAAUAAAAAUAAAGAGGUGGAAGCACUAAGUUUCAUAAAAAAAAGUUAUGUACUUGAACUGGUGUGAAGACCCACUGAAAAUUAAAUCCAAUACUGAUUGGGUUUCCUUAGUAUGACCAAAUAAAUUGARGGAGUUGAGUUUUUAGUGCCUUGAAGAUGCCAUGGAUGGAUUUGAGUUGCCUUGCUUUGAAACCAAUAUCAUUCUUCUGCAUUUGUAAAUACCAUCUAGAUGAAAACUGAAUAGUAGUUCUUUCUA